GCUCCACGUCGGCCGCGCAGGCGCCUAGGGCGCGUUCACCUGCUGCCGUUGUCGCCGCCGCCGCCGCCGCUGACGGGGCUGGAUGGGGGGCCGAGGCCAGCCAGGGGCACCCAGAAAGAAGAGACGCGGCGGCGGCGACGCCGACACCCGCACGACAAGCGCCCCGAGGUGCCCGCGAGCUCCACAGGAAGGCGGCGAGGCCCGGGCCCGGCCUCCCCGUGGGUAGAGACGCCGCCGACCCCUCGCCGCGCCAUGUUCAAGAAGCUGAAGCAGAAGAUCAGCGAGGAGCAGCAGCAGCUGCAGCAGGCGCUAGCCCCUGCUCAGGCUUCCUCCAGCUCUUCAACACCAACAAGGACUAGAAGCAGGACAUCUUCAUUUACAGACCAGCUUGAUGACGCAACACCCAACAGAGAGCUACUAGCCGGGAUGGUAGCCGAGCCUGCCUUUCUCUCUGAAUACACUAUCUUUGCUUUGGAUCCCUCCAAACAGCCCAAAACACAGACUGGCAGUGUGAAUGCAUCGACUCAGGCAACGAAAUCUCCAGAUGGAGUUAAUAGAGAGGAGUCAUCCCCGUCUCAGUCAGGUGACACACAGACUUUUGCACAGAAGCUGCAGCUCCGAGUGCCUUCUAUGGAGUCUCUGUUUCGAAGUCCCAUAAAGGAAUCCCUGUUUCGGUCUUCUAAAGAGUCUUUGGUCCGGACAUCUUCCAGAGAGUCCCUGAACCAAGUUGACCUGGACUGUGCUGUUGCCACCUUUGAUCCACCUUCUGAUAUGGAGAGCGAGGCUGAAGAUGCUCCGUGGAGCUCAGACAGCCUCAGCAGAGAGCAGCUGCUCCAGCGCUUGCGCAGGAUGGAGCGGAGCCUGAGCAGCUACCGAGGGAAGUACUCCGAGCUGGUCACAGCGUUUCAGACUCUUCAGAGAGAGAAGAAAAAGCUACAAGGUAUAUUGAGUCAGAGUCAAGAUAAAUCACUUCGGAGAAUUUCAGAAUUAAGAGAGGAGCUGCAAAUGGACCAGCAAGCAAAGAGACACCUGCAGGAGGAGUUUGACGCCUGUGUGGAGGAGAAGGACCAGUACAUCAGUGUUCUCCAGACUCAGGUUUCUCUUCUAAAGCAACGAUUACAGAAUGGCCCAAUGAGUGUUGAUGUUCCAAAACCACUCCCUCCAGUGGAGCUCCAGGCAGAAGCGCACAGUGACAUGGAGAAGCUGGAGGAGAAGCUGGAGGAGAAGCUGGAGGAGAAGCUGGAGGAGAAGCUGGAGGGUGUCGGGGAAGCAGUGGGAGGUGGGACGUCUGCUAAAACCCUGGAGAUGCUCCAGCAGAGAGUGAAACGUCAGGAGAAUCUGCUUCAGCGCUGUAAGGAGACAAUCGGGUCCCAUAAGGAGCAGUGCGCACUGCUGCUGAGCGAGAAGGAGGCACUGCAGGAGCAGUUGGAGGAAAGGCUGCAGGAGCUGGAGAAGAUGAAGGAGCUUCAUAUGGCUGAGAAGACUAAACUUAUCACUCAGUUGCGUGAUGCAAAGAACUUAAUUGAACAGCUUGAACAAGAUAAGGGAAUGGUAAUAACAGAGGCGAAGCGGCAAAUGCUUGAGACCCUGGAACUGAAAGACGACGAAAUUGCCCAGCUUCGUAGUCAUAUACAGCGGAUGACUACCCAGGGAGAGGAACUGCGGGAGCAGAAGGAAAAGUCUGAAAGAGCUGCUUUUGAGGAACUCGAAAAAGCCUUGAGUACAGCCCAAAAAACUGAAGACGCACAGAGAAGAAUGAAGGUGGAGAUGGAUGAGCAGAUAAAGGCUGUUGAGAGAGCGGGCGAGGAGGAGCGCCUCCGCCUUCAGCACGAACUCAGUCGGGUGAGGCAGGAGGCUGUCAGCAUGGCGAAAAAGAACUCAGAGCAGCGCGCUGACCUUCAGAAGCUGCAUGCGGAGCAGUUGGCCAGCAAAGAGCAGGAGCUGAGCCAGAAGCUGGAGAGCCGGGAGAGGGAGCUGCAGGAGCAGAUGAGGAUGGCCCUCGAAAAGAGUCGAUCAGAAUAUUUGAAGCUCACCCAAGAAAAAGAGCAGCAAGAAUCCUUGGCUUUAGAGGAGUUAGAGCUGCAGAAAAAAGCCAUACUUACAGAGAGUGAAAAUAAACUGCAGGGACUUAGGCAAGAAGCAGAGGUGCACCGAACCAGAAUUCGUGAGUUGGAAACGUCUUUGGAAAAAAGCUUACAAGAAAGCAGAACUCAGUCGGAGCGCUUGGCUGUUCAUCUGGAAGCUGAGAAGAGCAAGCACAAAACAGAGCUCACGGCCCUGGCGGAGAAGCACAGGACAGAACUGGAGGGCCUCCAGCAGCAGCAGCACAGCCUGUGGACCGAGAGACUCCAGAACCUCUCGCAGCAGCAUCAGGCUGCUGUGGAGGAGCUCAGAGAGAAGCAUCAGCAAGAAAAGGAUGCAUUACUGAAGGAGAAGGAGAGUCUCUUCCAGGCCCACAUACAAGACAUGAAUGAAAAGACCUUGGAGAAGCUCGACAAGAAGCAAAUGGAACUGGAAUCUGUGUCUUCUGAGCUGUCAGAAGCACUGAAAGCCCGGGACCAGCUUGCAGAGGAGCUUUCUGUCCUAAGGGGGGACGCAGAUCAAAUGAAGCAGGCUUUAGAGGCCGAGCUGCAGGAGCAAAGGCGUCACCACCAGCGUGAGGUUGACAGCAUCAGUGGGCAACAAGAAAUAAUCGUCCGCAGAACCGAGAAGGCACUGAAAGAUGAGAUCAGUCAGCUGGGGGGGCUCCUGAAGGAGAAGGACGAGCACCUCCAGGAGCGUCAGGCCCAGGUACACAAUCUUGAAGCUUGUCUUCAGAAGUCUGCUGAGGAGCUCCAGCAGGCCUUGGCCAAGCUGGACCUCCUCCAGGCUCAGCAGAGCACCACACAUGCGCAGACAGGCGCAUAUGAGGAGCAGCUGGCCCAAAUGCAGCAAAAGGUGUCGGACCUGGAAACAGAGAAGAACCUUCUGACCAAGCAGGUGGUUGAAGUGGAAACACAGAAGAAGCGUGUGUGUGUGGAAUUGGACGCUCAGAGAGCUCAGGUCCAGCAGCUCGAGAGACAGAGGAGUGAACUGGAGGACAAGGUCAAAUCCUUAGCCCAGCUCCAGGAGUCUCAGCUCAAGAACAGCCAUGUGGAGAAAGAGCAAGCACAGCAGAUCCUGACGGAAAAGGAAAAUGUCAUUUUACAGAUGCGAGAAGAACAGGCCAAGGAAAUCGAGAUCCUCAAACAGAAAUUGUUUUCUAAAGAAGAGAGCAUUAGUAUUUUACACGAGGAAUAUGAAACCAAAUUUAAAAAUCAGGAAAAAAGAAUGGAAAAAAUUAAGCAGAAAGCAAAAGAAAUGCAAGAAAUGAAGAAAAAGUUGUUGGAUCAGGAAGCCAAGCUUAAAAAAGAGCUUGAAAAUACUGUCCUAGAGCUUAGUCAGAAAGAGAAGCAGUUCAAUGCCAAAAUCCUGGAAAUGGCACAGGCUAACUCGGCUGGAAUUAGCGACACGGUGUCGAGACUAGAGGAGAACCAGAGGCAGCAGAUAGAAAGCCUGACCGGGGCUCAUCAGCGAGAACUGGAUGAUCUCAUAGAGUCCUGGGAAAAGAAACUCAGUCAGCAGGCUGAAGAGCUUCGGGACCAGCAUGAGAAGCUGAUAGAGGAGAAGGAGCAGGAGCUUGGGGAGCUGAAGCAGAAGGUCCUCACAGUCCAGUCUGAAAAAGAGGAGGUGACUCAGGAAGUGGCGCGCCUGACAGAGGCAGUCACUGGGCAGGACGUGACCCUAGCUGGCCUGCAGGGGCAGCUGGAGCAGAAGUCUGCUGCCGUCCUCGCUCUUUCAGACAGUCACGCUCAGUUGCAGUCACAAGUGGAAAAGCUGGAAGUUGAUUUGGGUUGUGCUCUGAAUGAAAAGCUUUCUCUUCAAGAGGAGCUGGCUGAGCUGAAAAUGCUGGCAGAGAGGGAGAAGCUCAGGGUCUCUGAGCUGACUGGCAAGGUGCAGGCUGCAGAGGAGGAGCUCCAGAGCUGUAAGUCCUUACAUGAGGUCAGCAGGAAGAGCUUGGAGGACAAAAGCUUGAACCUCAGAACCUUGCUUGAGGAGCUAGCAUCUCAGCUAGACCGUCACUGUGAGAGAACUAAAGCUUUGUUAGAAGCCAAAACAAAUGAACUAGUCUGCACCAGCCGGGACAAAGCUGACGCUAUUCUCGCCAGGCUGUCCCGCUGCCAGCGGCACACAGCCACAGUUGGGGAAGCCCUGCUCAGGAGAAUGGGCCAAGUUUCUGAAUUAGAAGCACAACUUACACAGUUGACAGAGGAGCAGUGUACACUAAAGAACUCUUUUCAGCAAGUUACUAAUCAAUUGGAAGAAAAAGAAAAUCAGAUUAAGACCAUGAAGGCCGAUAUGGAAGGUCUUAUCGCAGAAAAAGAAGCCUUACAGCAAGAAGGAGGUCAGCAGCAGCAGGUGGCCUCUGAGAAGGAGUCGUGUAUCACACAGUUGAAGAAGGAGUUGUCAGAGAACAUCAAUGCUGUCACACUACUGAGAGAGGAACUCUCCGAGAAGAAGUCUGAGAUCGCCAGUCUUAGCAAGCAGCUAAGUGACGUCAGUGCUCAGCUGGAGAACAGCAUCAGCCCGAGCGACAAGGCCGAGGCCAUCUCUGCACUGAGCAAGCAGCAUGAGGAACAAGAGCUGCAGCUGCAAGCUCAGCUUCGGGAGCUGUCUUCAAAAGUCGAUGCUCUGAGUAAGGAGAAAAUGUCUGCCCUGGAGCAGGUAGAUCAUUGGUCCAACAAGUUCUCAGAGUGGAAGAAGAAAGCACAGCCCAGAUUUGCACAGUACCAAAGCACGAUUAAAGACCUGCAGACACAGCUUGACCUAAAAGCCAAAGAAGCUGGUGAGAAGGAUGAGCAGAUACGCUUGUUGAAGGAAGACCUUGAUCAGCAGAAUGAAAGAUUUGAAAGUUUAAAGGGCGAGAUGGAGAAAAAGGAGUGUGAUCUAGAGACUGAGUUAAAGACUCGGACAGCCAGGGUCGUUGAAUUAGAAGACUGUAUUACUCAGAGGAAAAAAGAAGUAGAGUCCCUAAAUGAAGCCCUCAGGAAUUGCAGCCAGCAGAGGGACACUGAGCACAGUGGCCUGGUUCAGACACUGCAGCGCCUGGAAGAGCUGGGGCAAGAGAAAGACAACAAGGUCAGGGAGGCUGAGGAGACGGUCCUGGGGCUGCGGGAGCGCGUGUCCUCGCUGGAAGCUGAACUCCGCGUCGUGAGGAAGGAACUAGACGACGUGAAUUCAAGUGUGAAAAGCAGAGACGGGGAGCUGAAAGCGUUAGAAGACAAACUUGAGUUAGAAAGUGCUGCAAAAGUGGAGCUGAAGAGGAAGGCGGAGCAGAAGCUCGCCGCCAUCCGGAAGCAGCUCUUGUCUCAGAUGGAGGCGAAGGUGCAGCAGUGUGCGAAGGACACAGAGAGCCAGCUGAGUGAGCUGCGUGCAAAGUUACAGGGCAGAGAAAAGCAAAUCCACAUCCUAGAAGGAAAACUUAAAAACCUAGCAAGUUCCCCACACCCAGAAAGAGCAGUUGUGUCAGGAUCCAUGGGAAACGUGGCAGCGUCUCCUGAGCAAGAGGCAGCAGAUUCCCAAGAGUGCACACAGAAGGCAUGCAAGGAGCGAGUCUGCGUGCUGCAGAGAAGUGUGAUUGAGAAAGAGAGGCUGACACAGAGGCUGCAGCAGGGCGAACGGGAGGCGGCGCCAUCGCAGUCUGAGGUUCGGCACAGGGAGCUCUCCGUGAAGUUAGAUCGCGCCAGAGCCAAGCAGCUCGAGGAUCAGGUUUUGAUAGGAUGUCUUCAAGAAGAACUGGAAGAAAGGAUGAAGUGUCCCUCAAUUCUGUCCCAGCCCAUGGGAGAAGAAACCGGUAAAAACAACACAGGGCUGAAGCAGAAUUGGGCAAGUAUGGUUGACACUGUCCAGAAAACGCUCCAGGAAAAGGAGCUGAGCUGCCAGGCCCUGGAGCGAAGGGUGAGAGAGCUGGAGUCAGACUUAAUAACAGAGAGGGACGCCCAUAGGCUUGAAGUGGAAAAGUUGACCUUAAAAUAUGAAAAAUCACAAUCUCCACAGCAAGAGAUGGGUGGGAAAAAUACGUCUGUGGAAAUUUUGGAAGACAGGCCUGAGGAAAAUUCCAAAUCCCAUGUGAUAGAAUCGAAACUGGGGACCCCCAUGGACGGCCGGCACAGUGACCUGGAGUCGAAGUUAGCAGGGUCAGAGCGGGAAAAGCAGAAGCUGAGCAAGGAGGUGGGGAGGCUGCAGAAAGAUCUCCGAGCUCUGAGAAAGGAGCAUCAGCAGGAGCUGGACAUCCUGAGGAAGGAAUGUGAGCAGGAAGCAGAGGAAAAGCUCAAACAGGAGCAAGAGGAUCUUGAGUUGAAGCACAGCUCCACACUGAAGCAGCUGAUGCGGGAGUUUAACACCCAGCUGGCACAGAAGGAGCAGGAGCUGGAGAGAACUGUCCAGGAGACCAUCGAUAAGGCCCAAGAGGUGGAAGCUGAACUUCUGCAAAGCCACCAAGAAGAGACACAGCAGCUGCAUAGAAAGAUUGCGGAGAAAGAGGAUGAUCUGCAAAGGACGGCCAGAAGAUACGAGGAGAUACUUGAUGCCCGGGAAGAAGAAAUGACUGCAAAAGUAAUGGACCUGCAGACCCGGCUGGAGGAGCUCCAGAAGAAAUACGAGCACAGGCUAGAGCAGGAGGAGAGCGCCAAGGACAGUGUUACAGUUCUGGAGCUACAGACACAGCUGGCCCAGAAGACCACCCUGAUCAGCGAUUCCAAGCUGAAGGAGCAGGAGUUGAGAGAGCAGGUCCAUAAUUUAGAAGACCGUUUGAAAAGCUAUGAGAAGAGUGUAUGUGCAGCAGCUGUGGGGGCACCUUACAGAGGAGGCAAUUUGUACCACACUGAGGUCUCACUCUUCGGAGAACCUACUGAGUUCGAAUAUUUGCGAAAAGUGCUGUUUGAAUAUAUGAUGGGUCGAGAGACCAAGACCAUGGCCAAAGUUAUAACUACUGUCCUAAGAUUCCCUGAUGAUCAAGCUCAGAAAAUUUUGGAAAGAGAAGACGCUCGGCUGAUGUUCACCUCACCUCGCAGUGGCAUCUUCUGAUAACCGUCAGUCUGUGCUUAGUAAGCAUGUGUCAUGGCUCCGAACCUCAUCUUGAAGAAAUGGGGAGACUGAGGCUGGGCAUCUGCUGCUGAGGAAGCUGCCCUCCCACAUGUGGUGUUUGCGGAGAAUGGCGCUGUCAUCAUGGGCCAUUCGUGUAGCUUGAAGACACAUGCUACCCUGGCCACAGAUACAUAGCUUUUGAAGCAGACAUUCUUGGUGGGGAAAUGGUGAUAGUUUUGUUCUUUUUCAUUCAGUUUUUUUCUGGGAAGUUCUCUGUGGUUCAAAGGCUGUUCUGACCGGCCACCCGACUUGGCUGUUCAGUGUCUUUCUUGGGUUCUUCUCCCUCUCUUUAAAGAACUAUCUUCCUUAUUUAUUUUAGGGUGGUUUCUUUUUCUUCUUAAAGACUUGUGCAAUACAUUUUGAGGUGAAACUUAGUGAAUUUUUUUCUGAUAAAUUAGAGAAUUUAAUUGAAUAUUUGCUAAGGCUUGCUUCUUCAAGCUAUGAUAAGUCCCAGAUGGCAGCACCUCAUGUUUACCUAGCUUUUGUACUUAUAUUAUUUUUCAGAGGAAAAAAUACUACUGUAAAUUGUAAAUAGAACAUAAUCCUAUUGUCUGCAGCUCUGUGACUGUUGGCCAUGUCAUCUCAGAGGAUCAGAUGAAUAAAGUUUAUUUCCUAUAUAA